AUGGUAAAAAAGAAGGGUAAUGGCAUUAACAAAGAAGAAGCUGAUAUAUUCAAUAAUUUACAUUCAAAGUAUUCAAAAGGAGUUAUUACCAAGGUACUCGACAAGUUAAUUGAAGAUGACUUGGUCUUGUCAAAAACAUAUGGGAAAAGUAUAAUCUAUUCUAUUAAACAAGAUAUUGAAAACAUACCUGGUCAAGAAGAACAAGAAUUAAUAGAUAAAUCAAUAAAUGAAUUCACACAAAAAUAUGAAGAUCUUUCAAUGGAGAAUAAAAGGCUUGAUCAAACAUUGUCAGACAUAAAAAGUACGCCUACAACAUCAGAAGCAAGAUUAUUAAUAGAGAAACUUCAAAAAGAGAAUGAAUUAUUAAAAGAAAAACUAUACAAAUUAAAGAACGGUACAGUUUUAAUAUCUCCAGAAAAACGAAAACGUACAAAUGAUGAAUAUGAAAGCAAUAGAAAUUUAUGGAAAAAGAGACGUGCGAUGUUUCGUGAUAUAUUUUCUGCUGUGACUGAACAUUUUCCAGGCAAACCAAACGAAUUGAAGGAAGAACUUGGUAUAGAAGAUGAUCCAAUACCGUUGGAAAAGGAUCCACUUGAAAUUGCACAACAUCAAAAAUAAUAUCUGUAUACACUUUUUUUUUCUUUUUUUUUUUUAAAACUCCUCAUCAGCUUUUUUAUUUUUUAUUUUUUUUACCCUGGCUUCAUAAGAAUACAAUAUUCUUCUUUGUAUAUAAUAAAACCAUGUCAACAAAAGAAAUCCAAACACUAUAUCGUUCUUUUUUAAAAGUAAUGCAAAAAUGGCCAGUUGAUAAAGUGAGACCUAAACGCGAU